AUGGGAGAGCCGGUGUUGACUUCGGUCCUGAAGCCGCCCGGGAGUGCGGGCCGCACCUACAGUCUGAGGCCGGCCUUCCACCACAAAUUCCGCUCUUCUAUCGUGAAAGAGUGCAUUCAUGAGGUGUUAAAGGAGGAGUUAGCUAGCGUGCAGUACAACCCCGAGGAAAUCCCCUCCAUCACCAAACAGCUGUCAGAGAAAAUCCGAGACACCUUGAAAGAAAAAGGAUUUCACCGAUACAAAAUGGUGGUGCAGGUGGUGAUCGGAGAACAGAGAGGCGAGGGAGUGAGAAUGGCUGCCCGGUGCUUCUGGGAUGCAGAUACAGACAACUAUGCUCAAGAUGUUUUCAUGAAUGACAGCCUCUUCUGUGUGGCAGCUGCCUUCGGCUGUUUCUACUACUGAGGCAGGGAGAAGAGCUCCAGG